GAUCAAGAUCAUAAAACUAAAUAAGACACAGGUAGUGGGGAGACACCAACAACAUUCAGCUGACACUUAAAACAUCCUCAGAAAAACCAUUAUUUCGACUUUACCAGCGGUUUAAAUUGGGUUUAUCGGUGGUUUACGGCGAGAUAAGUGGUUUAGGGUGAUGGAGAGUGGCCAGGGUGGGCCACUGGGGGCCACAGUGGCCCACAGGAAGCUAUAUAAGAACCCCAGAGGACGAACUCCGCCCUGGAAAGAUAUUUAUCGUAAACGUUGCAUGGAACGGCUGCGGUGGAACCGGUCGCAGGUGGUGCAGCGCUUUCGCUCGUCCGGUCAGCCCCUGGGCGAAGACGACCCCACUCAGCUGGUGCAGGAUGUGAUGGAGAUGGAGUGGGCCGCCCUCAACCGCUGCUCCAACUUACUGGCCGUCAAGAAAAGCUUGGAUGGUUCGGAGGUGGAGGAGGAGCCCUGGAUGUCUGUUAUGGAGGAGAUACAGCAAGAACUGGUCAAUCAAGAGGAACGACUACUGGUAGACAUUAUGAAGUAUGACGCCGCGGCCCUGGCGAAUCAAGUGACCUUACAGCAGUCUGAGGAGGUCAUUUGUCCUGUGUGUCAGAGGCACGGAUUGCAGGAAUCACAGAGACGACCAAGCGGAGCUUCUAUCACAACCAUUGGUAGCGAGUCCGGUGCUAACGUUCUGGUCUGUGGAUGCGGCUUGGCUCUACAAGGUGCUAAUCUAUCUCUCAAUACAGUAAAAUCGAGCCUAGAGAACACAAUAUCACACCACGGGCAGACGUGCGAGGGACAGAUGUCCUUCACCGAGACCACUGACACGCAAGGCGCCAAUGUGCUCAUCACUUGCAGCAUCUGUGACUGGAUGUCCUUCCUCUUGUAGGAGCCGGCCCAGCAGUCAAAAGUCGUGUCGGAAGUAGCCCGGCGCGCCGGUGUUUCUCGAAUGGGGGGCCACAACUCCCAGUCUUCAAUGACUGGUGAACGAUUUGCCUGCUGGCCACUAUCAACAACAGCCUGGUUGACCAGGUAGCCUGGGCUGGGAGAAAUACUGUCAUAGACCAUUAAGACACUGAAGAUGGCUGUGAUUACACUGAUUAAUCUCAUUUACACGUAAAAUAAUAAAUGUGCAGUAACUCCUCGACUUACAAACACAUUUUUGACCUCCUGAACUGUGUAUAAUAUCAUUAUUUUGUAUACCAUUAUUCACAAUACAGAAGGUCUCCAAUGCAUUGAAGACUUCCCAUAUUAUGGACAUUAUACACAAUACACAAGAUUCUCAAACCAUACCACGGGUGGGGUUAGAACCCGCGAUCAGAGAGUCUCAAAACUCCAGACCGACGCGUUAGCCACUGGACCAGUUGCUAACGAGUUGGUCUGGAGUUUUGAGGCUCUCUGAUCGCGGGUUCUAACCCCACCCAUCGUAUGGUUUGUUUGCAUUCGUGUCAUUACGAUUUCGUGAGUCAAGAUUCUCAAUGUGUUCGAGAAUCGAGGAAUUCCUGUACAAUAUGCUCGGACGUUUCCACUAACUAGGAUAUUUUUUAGCGUUAGUAAUCAAUAAAAAAAUAAAUUUUGUAUUCAA